AGCUUGCACAUCCGUCGUCUGGCCAACGCCGUCCUAGACAAUGGCUAAUGCUGGCCGACCUCCAAAGUCGGACAGCCAUUGGAGUAACAGAGGGCUGAUAUCACCGUUGUUUCUCAACCCGCGGACGAAUUUUUUCACCCAAACCCAAACCCACCAUUGACCGACGUGGAUUCUUUACUCAUUAACUCCACGAUGGGGGCGAUCGGCAUCCCCGACGAUAUUGGUCGUUAUCUCUACCGCAUUAAAUGGGCCAUUUGUGGCGAUCAAGAAGGCUCUCUCGUCGAUUUCUUUCGGGCCACUUUCGAAAUACUUGACUUCCUCGAACGGGGCACAGGGAUGAUCGCGCGCUUCACUAUGCGCCUAUCGGUCUGUAGAACCAGCUACUCUGUGCAAGCAGACAUGUGUCUGCGCCAAGGAGACUCAAGAAUGAUCUUGCUUACUCUGCAAGGGGACAGACAUGGCUCUAAGAUGACACAACCUGAAACACAAGUCAUCCCAGUAGCUAUUGCCAUGUUCCAGUAUAAUAACAAGAAACGGGUGAACACAGGGCUUGCUCCCCUUGAUGCCAUGACUGUUCCCUGUAUCGCCAUGGUCGCACUCGACCCACUUUCUAUCUGGUUCCAGUUACUAAAGCACUCAGAGAUGCGGUUGUGUCUGGCGAGUACCCCGAAACUCCAACCACAGUCUUGAAGUGUAACACAGUUUUGGGGCCCAAUCGUCCAAUCAGUAAAGGCAUGGAGGACCAAGUAGGCGGCUCGCAUUUCAGCGUUUGAUCGCAUUCAAAGAUCUUUCCAGGGGACACUGGAAGAAAUUCGUC